UUCCUCUGCAGGCACAUGGGCGGGACUUCCUGUACAGUAGUGCCAAGCAGCCUAACAUGGCGGUUAUGUUGCUCGCAUGAGUGUGUAGUGAAAAACCGUGGAAGUUAAGACAAAUACAAUCUACUUCAGUGAAAAUAGCUGAUUAAGAGAAGUAAGUGUGUGGACUGCGGAUAUCGGCUUUUGGAGAUGAAGGGAAAAGAGCGGUCGCCGGUGAAAAAACGCUCUCGGGCGCCAGAAGACAGCAGAGACCGAGGAGGAAGUCACCCGGGCGGCAAGAAGAGCGGAGCCCUGUCGACGAUUGGUAGCAACAACGGCAACGGCGCGCCUUCGUCCCGGAGAAGUUUACACAGUGAGAAGAGAGACACGAGGGAUUCAGACGGGCACAAUUCAACCCCUCGGACUAGUGGCGGCUACGACUACGGAGUUGUUUCGGGGAACAAGUCGUACGGGGGCGCCGAAAUCGACGCGGAAACGUCCAGGUCCGACCCGCGGCCUCCGUCAAACCCCGACAACGAGUACAAGACUCUCAAAAUAAGUGAGCUGGGCAACCAGCUGAACGACGAGGAGAUAGAGGACGGAUUGUUCCACGAGUUUAAGAGGUUUGGUGACGUCAGUGUAAAAAUAAGUCGCGAUAACGACGCCAGGGUGGCGUACGUGAACUUCAGGAGGCCGGAUGACGCCCGGUCGGCCAAACACGCACGGGGCAAGCUGGUGCUGUACGACCGGCCUCUGAAGAUAGAGACCGUCUACACGAACAGACUCCGAGGCCGCUCCCCGGUUUUAAAAGACAAUUUCUCUCCCGGACACCGGAAUCCCCACUCCCAGAGGCCCCUUUCUCCCACUGGCAUGGGAUACAGAGACUACCGAUUGCAGCAGCUCGCUCUGGGUCGUCUCCCUCCGCCGCCUCCUCCCCUUCCUCCUCCUGCGCCUCCUUCUCAGCCACCUCACGUCAGAGAUCUGGAGAGAGACAGAGAUUUUUCCGUGUAUGAUGCCAGGAAUAGACCCCCGUUCAUCCCAGAAUGUGCCUUGUUCCGCGAGGAGGACCUAAUAACCCCCGAGGAUGACCAUAGGUCGAACAGGACUUUGUUUCUGGGCAACCUGGACGUCGGCGUGACAGAGAGCGACCUGAGGAGGGCGUUUGACAGGUUUGGGAUAAUAACAGAAGUGGAUAUAAAGCGGGCGGUACGAGGCCAGAGCAACACCUAUGGUUUCAUCAAGUUUGAGAAUCUCGACAUGGCUCACCGUGCUAAAGUAGCCAUGUCGGGGAAAGUGGUCGGCCACAACCCAAUUAAAAUUGGCUAUGGUAAACCCACACCCACGACUAGACUGUGGGUGGGGGGCCUCGGACCGUGGGUUCCACUUGCUGCACUAGCCAAGGAGUUUGACCGCUUUGGUACCAUCAGGACUAUAGACUACAGGAAAGGUGAAGUGUGGGCUUACAUCCAAUAUGAAAGUUUGGACGCAGCUCAGGCUGCAUGUACUCACAUGAGAGGCUUUCCCCUCGGGGGGCCCGACAGGAGACUGAGAGUGGAUUUUGCGGACACAGAGCACCGCUACCAGCACCAGCAGUACGUGCAGCUCCCUCUGCCCCUGCCACACUACGACUUUGUUCCUGAGCCCUUUACCCACCGUCUUACGGACUCCGCGAGAGGGAGGGACAGGUCGCCUCCACUUCCUGCUCGCUUCAGGGACAGGGGCCCGUACCCAAGUGAUGAAUGGUCGGGCGUGGGUGUCCACGACAGGAUGCGAGGAGCCGUUUUUGAUCCCAUAGAUCGUCUUGACAGGCGUUCCCACGAGACCUGGCCAAUAGAGCGUGAUUUACAAGGCAGAGAUCUGAGCCGCAAAAGGAGACAUUUGGAUGACGGCGGUCGACGGGAUCGUUCACCUGACAACAUUGACUUUGGUCUGCGUCGCCACGGCAACUCAUUAGACCGCAGCCCUGGAGGCAGUAGUCGAGAUGGGGGUCGAUUCAGUGACCCCGAACGCCAGGUUCGCUCUGGCAAAACCUCACCUGCCCGAGAGCGCCAGAACAUGGGCUUUGGAGACAAGAGAAGAAGAACACUUAGCCCGUCUUUGCCCGGCUCUUGCUCUGACAAGGACCGAAAACCCAAAGCAAGGGACUCGUCCAAGAGCCCAGCUAAGAAGGACAACCGCUUAGAACAUCUUCUCCCCUCUCAAUCUUCAAAGUGUGGACCGCAGUCAAAGCCAGCUGCUGGAGAGCAAAAGUUGAUUCAGGUCUGGCAGGGUGUCCUCCUGCUGAAGAACAGCAGCUUUCCCACUUCCCUGCACAUGCUGGAGGGGGACCUUGCUGUUGCUACACGUCUGCUGGUGCAGGGCUCCAAAGGGGGUCAAGCGUCCCAGCUGAAGAUCAGCCAGCGCCUGCGAUUGGACCAACCCAAGGUUGACGAAGUCUCCCGUCGCAUCAAAGCCGCCGGCUCCGGUGGAUACGCCGUCCUUCUGGCCGUGCCCGGGAAAUGUGAAGAUGCGGGGAUCCAGGACGCCAACAGCUCAGCCGAGAGACCUCUGAAGAACCUGGUGUCCUACCUGAAGCAGAAAGAGGCAGCCGGCAUCAUCAGCCUCCCGGUGGGAGGCGUCCGUGACAAGGACCACGGAGGAGUCCUUCACGCUUUCCCCCCCUGUGAUUUCUCACAGCAGUUUGUGGAUGCCUCCGCCAAAGCCUUUGCCAAAUCAGAGGAUGACUACAUGGUGAUGGUCAUUAUCAAAGGAGCAUCAUUAUAAAAAAGAAAAUAAAUAUUCAAAAUGUUUCUUUACGGUCUGAACUGUUGAAAAAACAGGGAGAAGUAAUUAGGAAAUCACUAAAGGAUGAUUCAUGAUAACUUUAUAUUACCUAAAUGGUAGCGUGUGACUCAUCCUGUUAAAAGUUUAUAGAAAUGAAAGGUGGUUGAAAUUUUACAAAUGUUUUGAUUAAUUUCGUUAUUAAUUCAGGUGACACGCUGCAUUCUGCUAUUUAGUAUUCAGAUUAGUGUACAUUACUUUGGUACUAUGCUAAAAUAAUUCAAAGCCGGCUACAGUUCUGGGAAUCACUGCUAUAUGUUGCCUUAUGACGUUAAAAAAAAAAACACAAUUCCUUA